AUGCUGUCCGGGAAUAACUUGACCAAUGUAGUUGAUCCAAUAUAUAUUUGCUCAUUAGAAGAUUGUAGCAACAAUGGAUCAGAUUUAUCAAAUAAAACUGACUACAACUACACACUGCCCCACGGAUUAGUUUGCAUCCAUGAGCCUCAUUCAGAAGAUUAUAUCUCGGUCUAUAUUUUCCAACUAUGUGUUUACAUUAUGUACGGUAUUAUAUUUGUUAUUGCACUACUUGGCAAUGGGCUGGUGUGCUUCGUCGUACAUUCCUCCCCGCGGAUGAAGACUGUGACCAACUAUUUCAUCAUGAACUUAGCAGUUGGUGAUAUAUUAAUGACACUAUUCUGUAUACCAUUUUCUUUUGUGCCAAUGCUUAUUCUAAGAUACUGGCCGUUCGGUGCGGUGAUGUGUAAGGUGGUGAACUACUCACAAGCGGUGUCAGUGUUAGUAAGUGCGUACACUCUCCUAGCUAUAUCUGUGGAUAGAUACUUUGUAAUAACGCGUCCGCUGAAACCUCGGCUCGGGAAGACGGCAGCAAAGUUGGUGAUGUGUGGUGUCUGGUGCGGAGCGCUGGCUACCGCUGCUCCUAUACUUGUUGUAUCCCAACUCCAAAAACCUUCUCUCUGGCAUCAAGUUUGUGGUCUGGAUAUCUGCAGUGAAAGAUGGUCGAGUCUGCACCAGAGCGAGCAGUAUACGUGCGCGUUGCUGAUACUGCAGUUCGCACUGCCUCUGGCCGCGCUCGUGUGCACGUAUGGGCGCAUCGCCGGCGUCGUGUGGGGACUGCGUCCGCCCGGCGAGGCCGAGACCGUCCGGGACUCCAGGAUACAACACUCCAAGCGAAAGAUGAUAAAAAUGAUGCUAACAGUCGUCGCAGUAUUCACAGUGUGCUGGUUACCUUUGAAUAUAUUUAUUAUAUUAUGGACGGCACAUGAAGACGAUGUCGAGUGGAGCAAGUGGCCGGGCAUGCCCUACGUGUGGUUCGUGGCGCACUGGCUGGCAAUGUCGCACUGCUGCUACAACCCCAUCAUAUACUGCUACAUGAACGUUAGGUAUCGGAGUGGCUUUAAACAGGUACUUUGCAAACUUUUACGUUUAAACAAUAAUGAAGCGAGCCGAUCCUGCCACCGGUCGAGCGUCUGCGAGGCGGUCCCUCUUUCAGAGAUGAUUGCUAUGAACGGGUCAAUGGGUCAAAGAAGUCUAUCCAGAUGUAAAUGCAGGACGAUUCAUGACGGCUUCACAAGUGUCGACAGCAGUAAACAACCCGGCAAAUGUAAUUCAUGCACUUCAAUGAGACAGUGCAAAACAUCCACUAUAAAUAGACCCGCGCCACCAGCGAGAGCUGUAUCAAUUCGCUCCCAUUUUGGU